UCCGAUUGGUCCGAGGGGCGGCACCCCUUGAGCCCGAGAGGGGCGCGAUCGAGGCUAUAACUCCCCGCAGCCGCGCCGGAGCAGAAGAAAAGUCCGGCGAGGAGAAACAGAGAGAGGUCUCGCUCUCCCCGCGCCCAGAACAGCCGAAAGGAGGGCGACGCGGAAAGCACAGCCGUUUUUCAAGCAUUCAAAGCCGAAGGUUCUUUUCCUUCCUGCCCACUUUUUUCCCCUCGGGGCGACAUGUCGAGGUGGGUGCUGAGCCUGUUCGUGCUGCUCUGCAGCUGGAGGCUGAGCGACUUGUUGGUGGGAGCCUGUACCUGCGUCCCCGUCCACCCCCAGGAUGCCUUCUGCAACUCCGACAUUGUUAUCAGAGCCAAAGUUGUGGGGAAGAAGCUUAUGAAAGAUGGACCUUUUGGAACAAUGCGAUACACUAUCAAACAGAUGAAGAUGUACAGAGGUUUUGAAAAGAUGCCACAUGUUCAGUAUAUCUACACAGAAGCUUCUGAAGGUCUUUGUGGGGUCAAGCUUGAAGUCAAUAAGUACCAGUAUCUGAUUACAGGCCGUGUGUAUGACGGGAAGGUUUAUACUGGACUGUGUAACAUGAAUGAAAAGUGGGAUAGACUGACUCUCUCCCAGCGUAAAGGACUGAACCAUCGUUACCAUCUAGGAUGCGGCUGCAAGAUUAAACCCUGCUACUACCUUCCCUGCUUUGUGACCUCCAAGAAUGAGUGCCUGUGGACAGACAUGCUCUCCAGCUUUGGUCAGCCUGGGUACCAGUCAAAGCACUAUGCCUGCAUCAAGCAGAAGGAGGGCUAUUGCAGCUGGUACAGAGGAUGGGCGCCUCCUGAUAAAACCAUCAUCAAUGCCACAGAUCCCUGAACGCCCAAACAUUUUAUUUCUUGUUCUUUCUCUCCCAUGUGGCUGAGCAUUCUUUGGACACUAACUCACACCAGAUCAUGAUGGCAACCAUGAUAUUAGUGCCUCUUUCUUGCAAAUUUUAGCACUUCGAACUUUUAAAAAAAUCUAUGCCGUCUUAACUGAUUUUGUUUUGUUUUGUUAUAAAUCUCUUUUUUAAAAAACUGCUCUCACCCAUUUUGGUUGGAAGAUGUUUGUCUGGGAACGUCUAUUUGCACACCAGAUGAAUAAGGGAGCAUUUGCUCUAAGUUAUAUAUCACUAUAUAUAUGGCAAUAUAAUCUAUAUUUUUGUAGGAAAACAAAAAUCUCAAAAAUUUCCCAGUUGACUAUUAUAUCACAAUUAAAUCCCUCCCUACCCCCUUUAUAGUUUAUUUUCUCACACAUUCAACCUUGGAUUAUGUAGGUACAACUUUUAAAAUCUAAUCAGCUAGGAUUAAGAGUGUGAGCAAAUUUAAGACGGACAUCAGACUGAUGAAGAAAGAAAAUUACGAUGUAUGUAUAAGAUGGAGCACUUAGGGAAUUCAUCUGUUGUGUGAAUUAAAAGAACCCUAUCAAAAUGUCUGUCACGUCCCAAAUGCAAAUGCUGAAGCUCCAUGGCAGUUCUGGGUUUAUACAGGGCAUAAAUAGCAGUGUUUAAAAAUCAGCACUAAUUAAUGAAGCUAAUCCCUUUUCCAAUUACAAGUGUAGAGCAAGCCAGUUUAGAACCAAAACAGCUCCAGACAUUGUAGUUGUCCUGUAGUUGACUGCAAAGCUGCCUUUUCAGUAUCUAUUUCUGUAUUUAAAAAAAACUCAAGUAGAUGCAGAAGUACUUGGACUGUGGGCAAAGGGAGGAUGGGAGAAAGGAACAAAAGCUUAAACUUAAUGUUAGUGUAAGAAAGCAGCUGCCAAAACACUGCUUGACAGAACAAAAAUGUAUAUAGAUUUACUGACAUAAGCUAUUUUUGACAAGACACAGAAUUGUUUCAUGCUACAAACUAUAAAAAAUCAAUUAUUCUUUAUUUUAAAAACAGCAAUCUUCACAUUCCAGGUCACUGAUUACUGUUUUAUUUUUGUUUUAAUUUAAAGGUAUUAGAAAUGCAUUGGUUCUUACAAUAGUAAUAAUAAUCUCUGUUUCUCCCUCCCUGUGCUCUUCUCACCUUUUACUACAAUAAGGGCCAAUACAAACAUUUGUUCAGAAAAUGGUUAUGAACAUUUUCAACAUUUUGUGUGGUGAAAUUAUCCCCAGUGUUCUUAAAUUAAAUUGUUAGCUAACUCUGAAAAGCGGAAGAUCUUUCACGGUGCAGUAAUUUGUGAUGUUUAUUGUACUGGAGUCUUUUCGCAGUAUCCUAUGGUAUUGCAAUGUGAGGAGUUCACUCCAUGGACAUAUUUUCCUCUCCUGAACCAGUAGACAGAAUGAAGGUAGAAAUAGGUGGCUAUUUGGAUGGAUAGAAAAUUUAUAAUGUCCCUCUUCUCCUGCCAUUGAAUGUCUUUCUUAAAGCUCUAGAUCUAAAAAAAAAUAAUAAUUAGGAGUUUAUAAUAUCUUCCCCUGCUAGGUAUAAAUAAGAUCUGUGAUCCUUAGAUUCACUUAAUUUUCUGACAGUAAGGAUGCAGGAGCUAACUGUCUCAUCUUCACUGUGGACUUGAUUAUUUGUUUGUUUUUAUUAUGAAAAAGUAUCAUAUAAAUAUCUUGUAAAAAUAGAAGUAUUUUAAUGUUGUUAAGGAGCAGGGUUACAAAUGGGAUGGACAAUUGUUUAACUGGAGUGAGGUGAAAGUUUUUCUUUUUAUUGUUAUUAUUUGCCUUACAGUGCUAUCUUCAGUUCAUUCCACCUGGUUCUGCCCUGUAAUAAAUAUAAGCAUGUAGAUAGCUGCCUUCUCCAUUGCAAUGAGUAAAUAAAUGCUAAUGGGAAGGGGUGAUUAACGUUUGAAUUGGAACUCCCACAUCUAAAAGAUACUGUUGUGUUAGAAUUCAGGAUCACAAACUUGUGAGUGGGCGUGGGGGAUUACAGGACACAGACAUCUGGCACACCCUAAAGAAAGUGAAACUUUUUGGAUGACACCUACAUUUAUCUCGGAAGUUAUUUUAAUACAAACAACCAUUCAGUUGUGCAAACCACAGUCUCAAAUUGUAUUUAGCCCUAGCAUGUGGAUUGGUUUAGCCCAGUUUUAUCAUCUUAAACUUAGAAAGAUUGUUCUUUGUCUCAAGAUUUCAUCCUAUAUAACAAAAUGUAUUCAACUGUUAUUCUGGCAGUGGAACUGAAUUCUAGAGUCAAGAAGAGGGGCAAAAUAAAUGUUAUGGAUUAGGUCGAGGUAUUAAGAGUGACAUGGGCACUGUGCCUGAUUUUGUACGAAUUCGCCAGAAAGGAGUGAGGAUUGUAGGGCCAUUACUGAGAAGAAGUAACUGGUCUUUGCCUGAUGUUGUUGCUCCCUCAUUCAAUCUAAUCCACUGACUUCUGAGAGCACAGCCAUUUCUACAAAGAAUCACAAAAAAGACUAUCUCUUCAUACUUUAUAGAGAGAACUCUUGCUGGUAAAGGAUUGUUUCUACCACAAGGUCCAUGAUAAGAACCUUGACUUUGUUACAUAAAUGUUUGCCAGAGAGUAUCAACAAUUUGAAACCUCUAUGCUGCUGUGCUAUAUCAUACAUGGUCUAGGGCAAAAGAAAUCAUUUUCUUAGUCAAUAAGUAUGAAAAAUGUGUCCCAGUAGUCUGUAUAUUAGAUCUCCUGCAGUGUAAAAUUAAAUUGGAACCACUGAAGUCACUUUUCUUUCAAGAUAGAUUUAUUAAAACUAGCCAAUGUCAAGCAAUUUAGGUAAACCAGGAAUUGCUGUAAGUGGGGAGAGAACUAUCUUGUUUAGCUUGUGCAACAGUUGUGAUGAUUGAACAACAGUUUGCUGGACAUAAAACUAGCCUCAGCUCAAUUUUUCCAGUUUCUGGAGAUCAUUCUGGCCUGAGUUCAAAACUUGAAAAGUGAGAAGAGGAAGCACUGCACAAUUAUUGUGCUAAGAUGAUUGUGCUAAGAUUGUGCUAUUCUAUUGUGACUGAAUAGCAUUUGUAAAACAUAAUUCUAAUUUUCCCUAAGAAGAAUGUUAAACUCAUAGCUGAGACAUUAUAGUAUUGCAGAAAAGAUACUGUGGAAACCUCUUUAUUUUCUAAGAAGGUAUGUGUUCUUACACACAUUGUAAUAUAUGUAAAUGCUUGAUACAAAACAGAAUAAAAUAGUCACCCUGCCAAGAAAGCUCUGUUUUAUACUUGGAUUUUGAUUUUACAUUGCUAAAGAUGAGUGAUUUGAGGGCAUGCCACAGUUAGGCAAGCAAAAACAGCAGAGGACAACUUCUCAUCUUGCUGAUGAAGAAACCAUCAUAGAGGAUCAUUUGCAUUUUGUUUUGCAGCCGAAUGGGGAGUCAAAUGGAGGGGGAAGAACACAGCAAAAAUUACAUUCCUUUGGGGAGGACACUGAAUUGUUAAAUUACUUAAAAUUAGUAAAAUUACUAAUAAUGUUAUGUGAUUAAAAACACUAAUCUAUUCUUAAUUCCUUCCAUAACAAGUCUUGCCAUCAUUCCCAUUUUAUAAGUUGCCAUGGUAAGAGUGGGACUUAAUUCAGAGAAGCCUGACUCAAGUGCAACUCUCAUAUGUACCACACUGGCUUUUAACUUUGCAGUUGCUAAGCUCAGAAUUCCACUUGGAAUAUGGGCCUGAGCCAUGUCUGUCAAAUUUAACUGGUGCCUUCUUCUAAUUAAUUUCAAAGGCUUUAAAAUACAAGUCAGUGCAAACCCAUAUAAGAAGUCAAUGUUAUGCCAGAGUAAAGAUGCCUACUUUUAAGGAAGUCAGCAUACAGCUGCAACCUUAAGAUGUAAUUCUGUGUACACUUACUAAGGAGUACCAUUAGUUUCCGUGAGAAUCUUGAACAUGCAAACAUACAACGGGGCUGUAAAUUUGUCUUCUGUUCUUCUAUGCAUUACAUCUUUAACAAUAUUGAAUAUGAGAGUGGAUGAAAACUUAGUCUGGGAGAAAUCACCUCCCCAGAAGGAAUGUACUUUUUGCUAAGUUUUGUAGCACUGUUUACAGUUUUCCUCCUUGUUUUGUUAUUUAUAAAUUUUAUAUUCAUUGAAUGUACAUUGUCUUUUAAAGUAAUAAUGUUCACUUUUUAUAGUGUCCUUUUAUUCUAAAACAAUAAAAUGGUUUAUUUCUAUCA